AUGAACACCCUGACGCCGUCUCAGAGUCAGACGCAUGUCACGACUGUCUUCAUAUUUAAUCUUCACUGCAGCAGUUGUGUAAGUACAAUUAAUGAAGUACUCUUCUCUCUGUCACCCCCUCCAACGAGGCUAGACAUAUCCAUCGUCCACCAGUCAGUGACAGUCGGGCAUGCCAUUACAAUACCCAGACACACCAUACAAUCCAUGCUCGAAGACGCUGGGUUUGAUGUAUCUGACCCAGCCUCUGAGCAGAGGCUUUCACAACAAAUGAGUAGCACGCAUUCUGGAAAACGUCAAAAGCAUAUACAACAAUGUUCAUCGUGUCAGGAGGUGGCCGCUACGGUACUCGAGGACAUAGUUCCACCGCUCUUGCGGGGUAAUACCGGCAACGUGUCUUCCAACCGUGUUUCUCCAAUGGAUUGCUCCACGCUAGAGGGAUCAAAAAAGGACCAAGAAUUGAGCCCAAGACCGUUGCACGAAGUUGGCGUCGUUGACGUCCCGCAUCUCGUCACCUUGUCCGUAGGUGGCAUGACAUGCUCCGCAUGUCCAAGUACCAUUACCGAAAUCGUCUCGCAACUCCCUGGGAUCUCCGAAGUGGUCGUUAGCCUGCUUAGCCAUUCCGCUACGGUUGUUGUUGCUCGAAGGGACCUUGUUGGUUCCGCGACCGAAGCGAUCGACGACUGCGGCUACGAAGUCGGCGUUAUUAAAGUCGAGCCACUCAUCCCACCAACAUCAGAAAGUCCAACGGGUCCUCGGAAUUUAUCCCUUCGUAUUGGUGGAAUGUAUUGCCAAAACUGUCCACCAAAUAUUAUGACUGCCUUGCAAAGGCUCCAGCCAGACGUCGCCAUUAUCAAACCGUUAUCAAACCAUUUGGACCCCAUAAUGGAAGUAUCAUACAAGCCAUCGCCUCCAGACUUCACCAUCCGCUCUAUCAUCUCAACCAUCCGGUCCGUGGAGCCGACAUACACUGUAUCGAUUUGUUGUCCGCCUACGCUCGAAGAGCUCACGCGCAGCUUGCAGCAGCGCGAGCAACGAGCCUUGCUUCUGCGCCUCUUUUUCACAUUUAUCAUUGCGAUACCCACGUUCAUCAUCGGCGUGAUUUACAUGAGUCUCGUUCCCGGUGGCAGUUCGACGAAACAAUACCUAAUGAAGCCCAUGUGGAAAGGAAAUGCGUCCCGCAUUGAGUGGGCGCUUUUCUUCCUAGCGACCCCAGUAUACUUUUACGGUGCUGGUUUAUUUCAUCGUCGAAGCAUCAAAGAAAUUAGAUGUUUAUGGAGGAAAGGGAGCACGACUCCCAUCGUCAAGCGUUUUACUAGAUUUGGGAGUAUGAACCUUCUGGUUUCUACCGGAGUGUCUGUGGCUUACUUUUCGUCGAUCUCGCUUCUCAUUCUUGCAGCCAUGCAGCCACCUGCGAGCAGCGGUACAGCACAAGAUACCACAUAUUUCGACGCUGUCGUGUUCCUGACCAUGUUCUUACUUGUUGGCCGUUACCUCGACGCAUAUAGUAAAGCAAGGACUGCCGAUGCAAUCACUGCGCUCGGCUCGCUCCGCCCUGCCGAAGCUCUUCUACUGACCACUGGCUCUGCUUCUAAUUCUACGGCCCCUGCGAUCGUUUCCCGCGAUGAUCCCGAAAAAUGUGACGUGUCAUUUGAUAACGGUAGCUUUAUUGCGUCUCCUGGAUUCAAGUUCGAGAAGGUACGUGUUGACCUCUUGGAGGUUGGCGAUGUGGUACGUGUGCAAAAUGGUGCUACGCCACCAUCGGAUGGUACAAUCGUGUCUGGUGCGGGGACGUCCUUCGACGAAAGUUCUUUGACGGGUGAAGCUAGACUCGUCAAGAAGAAUGUUGGGGACAAGGUUCUCCUUGGAACAAUCAACAAGUCUAGGGCAGUAGACGUUCGAGUGGACGCUAUUGGCGGUGUCACAAUGUUAGACCAGAUUGUGCAGAUCGUCCGUGAGGGCCAGACUCGCAGGGCGCUGAUUGAGCGUAUUGUAGACCACAUCACGACUGUGUUCGUCCCGAUCGUUACUUUGCUAGCGAUUGUUACGUGGUUGAUAUGGCUUGCCUUGGGUGUUAGCGGUGCCAUCCCUAGGAGUUAUCUAGACAUAAGUCAAGGCGGAUGGGUCGUGUGGUCUCUCGAGUUUGCAAUCGCAGUAUUCGUCGUGGCAUGCCCUUGCGGCAUUGGCCUCGCAGCACCUACCGCUCUUCUUGUGGGAUCCGGCCUCGCAGCAAAACAUGGAAUCUUGGCCCGCGGAGGCGGCGAGGCUUUCCAAGAAAUGGCCCAACUCGACAUCGUCGUAUUCGAUAAGACCGGAACACUUACCGAGGGUGGCGAGCCCCGAGUGUCUGAUGCCGAGAUCCUGCUGUCGUCGGUGCCUGAGAAGACGCUUCUCGGAAUUGCCGCGGAGUUAGAAUCUGCAUCCUCUCACCCACUCGCGAAUGCAAUUAGGCAGUAUGCGGGGAAGCAUGGUGCCGUGUCUGUUACUGGCAACGCGUUCGACGAAAUCGCUGGUAAAGGCGUCAAAGCGGAUUUUGACGAAAUGCGUUGCAAGGCGAUAGUAGGAAACGAGGCCCUGAUGCAAGACCAUGAUGUACUGCUUUCUCCAGACGUUCUCCAAGUGCUCGAGAGGUGGAAAUCUGAGGCGAAGAGUAUCGUCCUCCUCGCGGUUACGGUCGCAGACUUGGACAACCGAUUCGUUGUUGCAGCGAUAUUCGCUGUGUCGGAUCCCAUCAGGAAGGAAGCUACUGGUGUUAUACGGCAUUUGCAGGAGCAGGGCAUUGGGACAUGGAUGAUAUCAGGGGACAACGAGACUACGGCUAAAGCAGUCGCAAAAUCCGUGGGCAUUCCUGAAAUGAAUGUCAUCGCUGGAGUUUUGCCUCAACAAAAGGCCGAAAAGAUCGAGUGGCUGCAGCACAAUGGCAACAGACGUCCAUCUUCACGAUGGCAACGUAUACUGCCGAGGUCAGCGCCAAAUUGGCGAUGUAUCGUCGCAAUGGUUGGGGAUGGUAUCAAUGACGCACCCGCACUAGCAGCCAGUGACAUAGGAAUAGCCAUCGGAUCUGGAAGUGACGUCGCGAUAUCUAGCGCUUCAUUCAUCCUUGUAUCUUCAAACCUUAAAUGUCUACUCACUUUAAGCGAUCUCUCGAGAAAAGUGCUCAAUCGCGUUAAGAUAAACUUUAUGUGGGCAAUUAUGUAUAAUGUAAUUGCAGUCCCCAUCGCCGCUGGCGUCGUAUACCCUGCUGGACAUGCGCGCCUAGCCCCUGUAUGGGCAUCAUUGGCCAUGGCAUUAUCCUCUGUAUCCGUAAUUUGCUCCUCUCUCGCACUUAAAUUAUACAAGGAGCCAAAGAUACAGCUUUAG